AUGAUCCGCAGCGAGCGCCUGGCGCCCGCGGCCACCGUCACACAAACUGGCUGUGACCACCCUGCCCGUCCCCGCGCCACCGCCUGCCUCGCAAGUGAUCGGCUUUUAAUCAAAGGAGGAAAAAUUGUCAACGAUGAUCAGUCAUUUUAUGCAGACGUUUAUGUGGAAGACGGUUUAAUAAAACAGAUUGGAGAAAACCUGAUUGUUCCAGGGGGCGUGAGGACAAUUGAUGCCUACGGGCAGAUGGUGAUGCCGGGGGGGAUAGACGUCCACACCAGACUGCAGGUGCCCGUCAUGGGCAUGACCUCUGCUGAUGGCUUCUUCCAAGGCACGAAGGCAGCCCUGGCUGGAGGGACCACCAUGAUCAUUGACCACGUCUGCCCGGACGCGGGGACCGGCCUGCUGGCCGCCUACGAGCAGUGGCGCGGCAUCGCCGACGGCCAGGCCUGCUGCGACUACGCCCUGCACGUCGACGUGCCCCGCUGGCACGAGAGCCUGAAGGAGGAGCUGGAAGCCCUGGUGAAGGACAAGGGUGUGAACUCCUUCCUGGUUUUCAUGGCGUACAAAGACAAGCUGCAGUGCACCGAUGCCCAGAUGUAUGAAAUAUUCUGCAUUAUCCGAGACCUGGGGGCCAUUGCCCAAGUGCAUGCUGAGAACGGGGACAUCAUCGAUGAGGAGCAGAAGAGGCUGCUGGAACUCGGGAUUACGGGGCCAGAAGGGCACGUCCUCAGCCGCCCUGAGGAGGUGGAGGCGGAGGCGGUGUACCGCGCCAUCACCAUCGCCAAACAGGCCAACUGCCCCUUGUACGUCACCAAGGUGAUGAGCAGAGGUGCUGCAGACGUGUUGGCUCAAGCAAAGAGGAAAGGCACCGUGGUGUACGGUGAGCCCAUCACCGCCAGCCUGGGCACCGACGGCUCCCACUACUGGAGUAAAAACUGGGCCAAAGCUGCCGCCUUCGUCACGUCCCCCCCCAUCAGCCCGGACCCCUCCACGCCGGAUCAUCUCACCUCCCUCCUGUCCUGCGGGGACCUGCAGGUCACCGGCAGCGCUCACUGCACCUUCACCACAGCGCAGAAGGCGGUGGGGAAGGACAAUUUCACCCUCAUCCCCGAGGGAACCAAUGGCAUCGAAGAGCGGAUGUCCAUCAUCUGGGAAAAGUGCGUGGUCCCCGGGAAGAUGGAUGAGAAUGAUUUCGUAGCAGUGACCAGUACCAACGCUGCCAAGAUCUUCAACUGCUACCCCAGGAAGGGGCGCGUCGCCGUGGGCGCUGACGCAGACCUGGUUUUGUGGAACCCCAAGGCUACUAAAAUCAUCUCAGCAAAAACCCACAACCUGAAUGUGGAGUACAACAUAUUUGAAGGCACAGAGUGCCACGGGGUUCCCACCAUGGUCAUAAGCCAAGGAAGAGUUGUUCUCGAAGAUGGAAAUCUCUUUGUCACCCAGGGGUCGGGUCGCUUCAUUCCUCGAAAGACGUUCCCUGAUUUUGUUUAUAAAAGGAUAAAGGCAAGAAACAGGCUGGCCGAGGUCCACGGUGUCCCCCGGGGGCUCUACGACGGGCCUGUCCAGGAGGUCCUGGCGAGCGCCAAAGCCCCCACCGCGGCGUCCCGGAUGGCCCCCUGUGCCGGCAAAGCCCAGGCUCCCCCCGUGCGCAACCUCCAUCAGUCGGGGUUCAGCUUGUCUGGCUCACAGGCAGACGACCACAUUGCCCGGCGCACGGCUCAGAAGAUCAUGGCCCCGCCGGGGGGCAGGUCCAACAUCACCUCCCUGUCCUGACGGCACCACUGGCAUGGUUGUCCUCGCUGCCACCACCGCCGGGGGCAGCCAGGAAGGGGAUGGUGGGUCGCCCUCACGCUCAGGAUGAACAUCCAGUGUUCCUCAGCUGCCCCAGCCCCUUCUCCUUGGUAGAAAAUAGAGGAAACCCCCCCCAUCCCGAGAGGUAGAGCUCCCAUCUCCAUUUCUCCCAGUCUCCUUCUCCAGUAGCUCCUAAGAAAGCCCUUCCCUCGUGCAUGUGGGCACCGAGCCGUCCCCGCGCUCAGCCCAGCCGCUGGCCAGGGCGGGAAUGAAGGUGCAUUUUGGCUGGAAUACGCUCCUUUCUAGUAGCAUCCACUGCCCUUUCCCAGUCCAAGGACUCAUAACCGAUAAGCCCUUCCCACUGUGUUUUUCAUACAGUGAGUUACACCUCGCGUUCGCAGUGUCCCCCAGACAGAUCACACCACAGAGAUCUCCGCUCCUGCCGUGGCCAUCGGUCCCAGCUGGGGGGACAGUCCCCGUGGGCAGGACAGGUGGGGGUUGGUGGCUCCCGGGACCCCCAGCCACUGCAGGCAUACCGGGGGGGGCUGCACUCUUUCUGUUAGGCUUGUUUUUUAAAGAUUAUUUAUACAGUUUUUCAAGACCCAAGUGUAAGUCUUAUAACCGAUAACAAGGCUCAUUUGAAGGCCAGUUGCCUAUGACAGACUCUUUUAUAAAGGUUAUUAUAGCCCGUUUAUUAUAUUUAAAGGUAUGUACAGUAAAGGUGAACCUCUGCACCACACAGCUAUGCAUGUACCUCCAACAGAAUGGCUCGCCAUUCAUUUUCUCUUCCUUGCUUUGAAUAAAGUUUGUUGGAAAUCGUAAAA